AUGGCAACUUUAAAAUGUACGAAAAAAUAUUUUGCUCGUCACAAGUCAUGUUUUCUUCGUCCUGAUACUGGACCUUGUAGAGCUGAUAUUAUUCAAUGGUAUUUUGAUGUGAGGAAGACAAAAUGUUACCGUUUCUUUUGGGGUGGUUGUCAGGGUAAUGGAAACAGAUAUGAAACUAAACAAGACUGUGAAAACUACUGUGUAUUGAACACAACAUAUUCUCAAAAAAGGAUACCAUACUUUUGCUCCUUAACAUUUGACUAUGGAAGCUGUUUUGGUUACUUUAAUCGCUGGACCUGGGAUGCUUUAUCUAAGACUUGUAGACGCCGCCUGUAUUCAGGAUGUGGGGGGAACCAAAACAAUUUUCAGAGUCGGGAUGAAUGCUUGUCCACUUGCCUAAACCCACCAAACAAUACUCUUGAAAGAGGUCAUUUGCAUACUACUUGUAUUCCUAUUGAAAUUCAA